AUGAGUGCCAUCGCGACAUACAGCUUCGGGAACCUCGCUUGGCUGAGCACCCAGGCGUUUCCGCUCAUCGUCUGGCCGUCCUUUGUCGGCUCCAUCCUUCGCUCUGGGGGCGGCGAACCAACUCCCCUUGAGACGUACUUUGCCCGCUCCCUAGGCUUCGCCCUCCUCGCCCUGGGCCUCAUUGUCGUCGUCCUCUCUGGCGCCCUCCCUCUCGAUGCCUCCUCAGAUGAGGCAUCCUCCGACGGAACGACCCCCUCGCCCUACGCCUCGGCCGCCGUCCUCAUAUCCAUGCUACACCACGCCUCGACCGCCUUCUACUGUUACGGCUGGUUUGCCUGGACUCGCGAGACUGGAUACCUACUCGGCUGCGUUGGGAGCGCCAUCUUUGCCACCUUUGCGCUGUACUGCAUCAUGUUUGCCAGCGACAAGGCCAUGAUCAGCCGCUACCACAAGUUUGACCAGAGCACGAGCGGGUUCCCCUUCAAGAACUCUCAGUCGUAUCGAGCCAAGAAGAAGGCCCUGUAA